UCUCUCUCUCUCUCUCUCACUCUCACUCUCUCUCUCUCUCUCUCUCUCUCUCUCUCUCUCUCUCAUACUCUAUUGGGUUCGAUUUGUUCUUGAGUCUCUUUGUUGAAGCCUUCUGAUCAAACGCUGUUCUGGGUUUGAUUUCUUCUUCAAGCUCUUUUUGUUGAACCCUUCUGAUCAAGUUCUCUUUUGUCGAUUUGUUCUUGAAGAUCUCUCUUCUGGCUCAAUUUUCUCUCUCUUAAAUCUGUGUGAUCAAACCUUUAAGUACUCUGAGAUAAAUAUUAGAAAAAACUGAGAAUGGUACGUUUGAGUAACAACCUUGUAGGCAUACUCAACAUCCUCACAUUCCUCCUCUCAAUCCCCAUUCUCGCUGGAGGCAUAUGGCUCUCACGCCAAGCCAACACAGAAUGUGAACGCUUCCUUGAAAAGCCUGUAAUCGCCCUUGGAGUCUUCCUCAUGGUUGUCUCUCUAGCUGGCAUCAUAGGCGCAUGUUGCCGAGUCUCAUGGCUUCUCUGGUUCUACCUACUUGUCAUGUUCCUCCUCAUAGUCCUUCUCUUUUGUUUUACUAUUUUUGCUUUUGUGGUGACUAACAAAGGUGCUGGGGAGGUUGUGUCUGAGAGAGGGUAUAAGGAGUAUAGGCUUGGGGACUAUUCCAAUUGGUUGCAGAAGAGGGUGAAUAGUCAGAAGAAUUGGAACAGGAUUAAGAGUUGUUUGCAGGAUAGUAAGGUUUGUCGGAGCUUGAUUGAUGAUGGGUCUAAUACCCCGGCUGAAACGUUCUACAAAGAACACCUCUCUGCCCUUCAGUCUGGUUGCUGUAAGCCAUUGGAUGACUGCAACUUCACCUAUGUUACCCCAACAAACUGGACUAAGACAGCCAAAGGAUCCACUAACCCAGACUGUGUUGCAUGGGACAGUGACCCGAGCAUUCUGUGCUACAACUGCCAGUCAUGCAAGGCUGGGCUGCUGGACAACAUCAAGAGUGACUGGAAGAAGGUGGCUGUUUUGAACUUCAUAUUCCUCGUCUUCCUCAUUGUUGUCUACUCCAUUGGAUGCUGUGCAUUCCGGAACAACAGGGAGGACAAUGCAUGGAAACGAUAUCCUUGAGGUUAUUUUGAAUGGGUUCUAGUAGAUAUUAGUGUUUAGAAGGAGGGCGAGUGAGGUUUUUAGAGUUGCUACUUAUCUGUUGCAUUCUACGUUAUUGUUCUUCUAUAUUGGUUUCGUCCUUGUAUAGCCUUACUGGUUUUGACUUGAUCAAACCAUAUCGGAUCUAUAAGAUUUAUAUUCUUAGCCAAAAUUUGAUCUUUCCGUUUGAUGGGUGCAUUACUUCACUGCAAUUUGCUGCUGCAUUGGUGAAUGUGUUGUGCACGUGUGUGGGAAUUGAGAGAAUCUACAUAUAGGAUGUUGAUUUCAUCCCUCCUCUUCACUGCAUAUUCUUGAAUGCAUUUUAUUUUUUGAUCACUGGUUGAAUGCAUUUGUUUGUGUGUACCUAUGUCAAGGGCAUUGACAACCUUUCUUGUUGAUGAAAC